AUGCGUAUUCUCCCGUGUGUGAAAAGCUAUAAUGAAGACGAGUACAACUCUAAACAAAUCGACAGAGAAAUAAAGCAAUGGAUCAAGUCGUAUAAUGACGCUAUCAAAUUAUUACUAUUGGGUACUGGCGAAAGUGGCAAGACUACAAUUAUAAAACAAAUGAAAAUUCUACAUAUACAAGGUUUUUCUGCAAGCGAAAGAAUGGAAAAAGUUAAAUACAUAAGGCACAACACACAUGAAUCUAUUUACGACAUAGUGCAUGGCAUGUCGGCUCUGAGUAUCGCCUUAGAAAACAACAAGAACGUCAGAUCACAACAGUAUAUAUUGAAAAUUGGACCCGACGGGCCGCCUGAGUUUACUGAGGAUUAUUUCGAUCACGUCAGAGCAUUGUGGAAAGAUGGAGGCGUCAAAGAAUGUUUUCAUCGGUCCAACGAGUAUCAACUGCUAGACAGUGCGGAAUAUUUUUUAGACAGAAUAGAUCUAAUAGCUAAAACGGACUAUAUGCCAUCCGACGCGGACAUACUGCGGUGUCGGCAGAUGACCACUGGCAUUCAGAAAAUUGAAUUUAAAGUUAAAGUUCCUAAGUCAAUGCACGGUGGUGUACAACAGUUCUGGAUGUUCGAUGUUGGUGGGCAGAGAGGGGAGAGGAAGAAGUGGAUACAGGUUUUCGAAGGCAUCCAUGCUAUUUGGUUUGUAGUUGCGUGUAGCGACUUCGAUCAGAAACUGAGAGAAGAUAACACACAAAAUAGGCUCAAGGAGUCCUUGAUACUAUUUGAAGAUGUAUGGCAGAGCAGGUUCCUGAUAGAAGCAGGACUUAUUGUGUUUUUAAAUAAACAAGAUCUAUUGCAGAAUAAAAUAGCUCAAGGCAAGAGCAUAGCGCCUUACUUCCCGGAGUACAGGGAGUUCGAAACCAAGGGAGAUGAGUAUACGAGGACAAAGAUGUUUAUUAAAAACAUGUUCGUUGAACUAACAGUGAAAAAGCGGGAGCGUAGAAACUUCAGUACUUCUGCAGAACGGUUCGUCAUACUAGAAGCGAGUAGACCGAGAGAGUGCUACUUUCAUUUCACGACUGCGACAGACACGGAUAACGUCCGCACAGUGUUUAAAGACGUCCACCAAAUGAUUCUGACACAUAUUUUGAAUAAUAUUGGCGUUUAU